AGAGGAUUUCCUCAAAAUAUUUGAAAACCCGAACAUGAGGGUCUCGAUCGUCACCUUCUCCACAAGGGGCCACACCGUCCUAAAGCUCACCUCGGACAAAAAAGAAAUCGAAGACGGUCUCAACAAACUACGCAACACAGUGCCUACCGGAAACACAGACAUGCAGGAAGGAUUUAAAGCGGUCAAUGAGCAGAUCUCCACAGCAAACUCUGGAGAAAAGAAAGUGCACUCCAUGGUUGUCUCCCUAAUUGAUGGAGCACUUUGGCCUGAGUCCUUUCAGGCUACGAAGAAUGAAGCUCAGAGGACUCGACAACUGGGAGGGACUGUUUACAUUGUGGGUGUCAACAACUACGUGAAAAACCAGCUCGUAGCUAAGUCCUGCAUUGAGCUUACAAGUGUGGAACCGCCCAUUCACUGUGUGGGAGAAAACGACAAUGUAGGAAUCUUUGGAAGAGGUUUUCAUAACACCAAAAACAAAAACGAAGUUCUUUGCAGAUUUCAGAUAAGUGACACCAUAUUUUUUGGUAAGUAGCUCCCUUGCUUUGAACAAAUAACAAAUUUCCCACAACAUGCUCUCUUCCCUCAGGCACCAUGCCUCCAAAACCCUUGAUGCC